AUGAAUCAAUUUAAGCAAUAUGGAUUACGUCGUCUUGAACAAGUUCAAGCUAUACCAUUUUUAUUAAUUAAUGACGCUUAUUUGUACUACGUAGAACAUAUUGAUUUAAUCACCAGUUUUGAAUUAUUUAUUAAAUUAUUUCUUCAACAAUACUCAUCUACAUCAUCAAAAAACAAAAUAAUACCUGUUAUAAAAGCUUUUGGAUCAACAAAAGUACAAGAAUUAGCAUUCGAACAAUUAAAAUGGUACAAACAAACGGUUAAUCAACCUGUUACGCAAUAUUAUGAUAAAAUUAUAGAACUGUGCAAGAAAGUUGAUGCAGCUAUGCUUGAUUCAUUGAAAUUAAAAUAUAUAAUGGCUGGUAUAAGAGAAUCAUUAAAAUUACAUGUUGCUUUACAGGACCCAAAGACAAGUGAUGCAUUUUCAUCGUUCGCCAGAAAAAUUGAAGAUACAUUAUCAUUUACUACUGCAGAUAAUGAAAUGCAACAAAAUGAAAUUAACAUCAAUGCUACCACUACUCAAAAAUCAUUAGAACAAACAACUAUUUCACAAAAAUCACAAAAAAAAAGUAUUCGACAAAAUAUACCUUCAUAA